CCUUCAUGACGUAAGCACAGGAUGACGACCUUUCAGCUAACCUGUUGUCGCCAAAUAGUCGUACAGCUGUCUGAUGACAGUUGACAGUCUCUACACACGAAGCUGACGGACCAUAGGUUUGUCAGUCUCCGAACUGCACACGUAUCUCUGUAAUACACGACAAUGUCGAACCCUACCGAAGACAAUGGUGCUUUCUCUAUCUACACCGUGGCAUCAAAUGUCACCAUGGGGCCAAUGCAGCAACCACUAGUUGAUUCCGAACACGUGGUCAAAGGAAAAAGGCGCCGUAAACUUUUCCCCAAAUUUGCUGGCGUGUGUUUGGUGCUGCCAACUCUCUGCAAUCCUGUAUUAGGUAUUUUGGCGAUAUUAGCAUAUCUGCGGGCUAGGCGUGGCUACAAGGAUGACCACUACCUGACGGCCGGACAGUACUUGGCUUUAAGUUUUAUUUUUGGAAUCAUUGGGAUUUCCAUGACUAUCUUGACUGUGGUGGCCGUGUAUAUUUAUAAUACACAGGAAGAUGUGGUUCUCGUCGCUGACAAAGUCGUGAAAGCGGGCAAUCUAAAUAUAACCAAAGCUAUUGGAUUUCGGCAAGGUAAAUAUUUGAUGAGGAAGACCAAAAACGAACAAAUGCAGGAAGAGGCUUACCCCUAUGAAAUAUCUUCACCAGAUCGGGUCCGACUUGUUGGAGUCGUGUUUGAAACAAGCAAUAGUUUUAAUGUCAGCAAUGAACACAAGGGGAAUGACAAAACAAAUAUGAACAAAAUUCUGGAUACUAUGAUGAGGAAAGGGAAUUCGGCAUCACCCUUGUUGGAACUCAACGGAGAAAUAGCCAAUGCCACGAAAAAAAUAUGCUUCGAUAGCUCAGUGGUCAAGGAUUUUGAAGUUUUGAAUAGUGACCGAAGUGUCCGGGACACUGCUAUGGUCAGGAGGAGAGACAGGGCUUUAACGAGAAGAAAACGAAUGCUGAACUCAUGUCGACAGCUCAAGUUACUACUCAAGGGAAGUUCGAUAAAAGUACGGAUGAAGAUAAAGUACGCAUUAUUGGGAUGGAAGCCGAUUGUUGUUGAAAUAACUGACCAUACAGACUGUUUAAUCUACUAGGAUUAAGAUUUUCUGAACCAAAAUAGCAAUAAUGUACAUCUUUAUGUAAAUAUGAGAAUACAAGAUUUGUGAAAGAUGUAAUCCAUCAGAUUGUGAAAUAUGAUUUAUGUGUAAACAUCAUUUAUAUAUACUAAUUACGUAAAUACGGUUACACAAAGAGUGGUUGUUGUAUAUCACUUUUUUUCACUCCAGGCUAGUUGUUUUUCAAAAAUUACAAAAACACCAGCUUUACAGUUGUAAGUUUUGAAAAGUGAUUAAUGAGAGAGAAAAACCCUACCUGAUAAAAUAACCACGAUUUUGUGUGACUUGUUUCUGCCACAAUAAAACGACAUUCUGAGGGUGAAUUGAUCUGUUCUGUAUACCAGUUGAGACGUGUAAUAAAAUGAUGAUCACUGUGUAAAACUGACAAUUUCCAGAAAGAUCGUAUGUAUUAUCUUUAAAAAGAAAAUCAAUAAGAAACAGAUAUUUUAUGAAAAUUUCAUUAUCACAAAUACAUGAUAUCACUGUGAACUACUUUUGGUGUGAUUCCGCGACUGCGUGAAGCGGCUUUAACGUUUCAGCUAAUCAAAACGCACUGAACCAGGUGAUUAAGUGGUACAGGUCAAAGUUCACCGUGUCAGCCAAUCAAAAUGCAUUGAGAGUUAGUUUAUACCACGUGUGGUAUAAACUGUAUUUUGAUGUCUUGAGAGCUGAGCAACACCAUCCUAUUGCGGUAGAAAUGUACUUAUGACGCAUCUUAAUCCCUAGAUAUAUCGAUAUCAUAAAAUCAUAUCUCUUGAGUAACAUACACUUUACAUAUCACAUAUAAGAUACUCAAUUCUAUUAACUCCAAAUUUGACCUUGCUUCUUGAUUCAAUCAGAAACAUAUACAUGUAUAACAUAAUACAUGUUUCUGAUUCAAUGAUAAGAUGGCUUACCAAAGAAGUAGAUUGGGAUUCCCUUGAAGAUAUAUCACAAAGAAUUUUAUGAAAUGCAUUGUUUGUUGACAUUUUUCAAUCAGUUGAUAAAUUACAUAAGUAUAGUUACCGAAAAGAAGAUUUAAGAUUGUUAAAAGACGCAUCGACCUACAACUGAAGAUUUCUUUAAGAAACAAUUAAUUCAUCAAAACUUUUAUCUUUGUUGGUUUUCAUUUCAAAAUACAAUGUACAUGGUAUAUUGUUAUCAACAUCAACAUACAUGUAUGAAUAAGUGCAUUAUAAUAUAAUUAAUUCAAUAAACUGUUGAAAAAAGAAUUGGGCAUCAGGCCGUUUCUGGCCAACCUGGUUUGAGCAGCCACCUGCCUUAAGCAGACGAUAUCUAUCGGUCCCUUGGGUGGCCGCUUAAUACAGGUUUGACUGUACACCAUAUAACAUACUGUACACACUUCCCAUUAUCUAGGGACUCUUUUUUCUUAGUUAUUAUUACGACGCUCUACCAGCCAAUUAAAAAGCAACGUUACGAACGGUGACUUUUUUGUUUUCUGGGUUUUUUUUGUUGUUUUUUUGUUGUUUUUAUUUCUACGUAAUUGACUGAUAACAUAAAUUUUAGCAAAAGAAAAUGUUUGUCACAAGGAAGUUUUAAUUCUUCCUUAACAAUACCAUUCACUAAGUACACUAUAUAAUGUUUUCUGCGUCACAGGGACGUGAGUAACAAUUGUUAAAGGUGUAUGCUUUUCAUGUGGAAUGAUCUGACAGGUAGACUUUAUCCUACCCUUCUGAGCGCCUUGUGUCAGACUUAAUUCCAAUUUUCAUUUUAAAAAUUUGGCACAUGAAAGUUGAAUAUUUGCAUAGUAUCGCUGUUUUGAAAUUAAAUUAUGAAUAUAUGUAUAUAUUUAAAUAUAUUUCAAAUUUCUGACGUGUUUCAUGAUUAGAUUUAACUGUUUGGACGGCUAAAAUAUACAGGCUGGAUUUUUUUGUCAAAGUUUGUGUUUAUAUUCGUUUUUUUUUUUUUAUUUAAUAGUGAUUUUUUUAGAAAGUUGGACGUGUAAUUUGAAUAAGCUGUGAAAAUAAUGAGUUAAAUUUCCGACUCUGCAUGUAACGGCUUUGGCUGAAAUUUUGAGUAAUACUUUAUUUGACUUCAUUUACAUCAAAACGGUAAUAUGAAAAUAUUCUUUCUUUUUAAGAAAUCAGUACUGCGUAUAGGAUAAAGCCAGGUCAUGCUACACUAGGAGAAUGUUUAUGCAAUGGUUUGUAAUUGAUAUCUACUGUCGUUAUAAUAAAACGGCUAUAUUCAAUCACAUUUCGUGUAUCUUUUAUUAUUAUUACACCAUUCCGU